AAUGAAUUUUAGGGAGUGAAAUCAGAUCUACAUAUAUAAGUUCCUGCUUGCUUUUGGGGCUUAAGAGAAUGUAACACUUAUGCGUGAGAGAGAAGGAGGAUUCUGGCAUUGCAUUUUAAAGCCUUCCGCCACUUCUCCCACCUUCUCUUUGGCUUUCUUCUGCAUCUACAGUGUUGCAGAUUGAGAGCCAAAGCGGCGAGGUUAUCUGGAUACCAUUAGAAGAGUUGUUGCAAGUGAGCAACAUAUUUUGUUAGGUACCACCACUUAGACAUCAAAGAUGACGUUCUAUGGUACGCAGGACAAGUGCAAGGCUUGUGACAAAACCGUGCAUUUCAUUGAUCUCCUCACCGCAGAUAGCAUUCCGUACCACAAAUCUUGCUUCAGAUGCAGCCACUGCAAAGGCACACUUUCGAUGUGCAGCUACUCCUCCAUGGAUGGGGUUCUUUACUGCAAGACCCAUUUUGAACAGCUGUUCAAGGCAACAGGCAGCUUCAGCAAAAACUUCCCCACAGGUCCGAAGGCAAAUAAUGAACAGUCUAAGGUCCCCAACAAGUUAUCCUCUGUUUUCUGUGGAACUCAAGACAAAUGUGCUGCCUGCAAGAAGACUGUAUACCCAUUGGAGAAGAUGACACUGGAGGGUGAGCCCUACCACAAGACCUGCUUCAAAUGCGCCCGCGGCGGCUGCCUCCUGACGACCGCCUCGUACGCCUCCCACAACGGGAUCCUCUACUGCCAGAACCACUUCUGGCAGGUGUUCAAGGAGACCGGCAGCUACAACAACCUGCUCAAGCCGACGGCCGCGAAGAACGCCACCGCUGAGGAGCCCGCCAAGGUAGAGCCACCCAAGGAAGAAGCGUCACCGGAGCAGGCCCCGGAAGCCCCCGAGGAGGAGCACUGAAGCGCCCACACGCGAUGCACGCGGGCGCAUACUAUAUACACUACACGUCUGUUGCAUUUUAGCCUUAUUUACUCUCCUGUUUUUGUCCCCCUCGGCUCAACUUUACUUCGCUCUGGAACCUGCUGUAUCCGUGCCAAACUGCCAGUGUUUGUUUGGCCAAUGACAGAAAAAAUUUGCACAAGAAUGGCAGGAUGUGUCCGACAAGACCGCUGAAA